AAUGCCACCACGCUUCUUGUUCUGUCGCAACGUGAUCAUUGCAAUAAUCCGAAUAAUUUAAUUCUCAGUGGGUUCAGUUCUGUAGCGAUGGAGCUCGCUAAUGCCCUCAUUAAUGGCGAAACUUAUUCCCCUUUUCAUUAUUUUACUGACAUCCUAUACCCGUUGCCCGCCCCAUUUCAAUUGGGACGCAACUUCAAUGAGUUCCCAUUAAUUCCAAGGACCGGGCCCAAACAUUGCUUCAAAUUAAUACCUAAUUUCUUCACCAAACUCUCUUGAGCUUGCGACUUCUUUAGAGGGUAUCGGGUGUUAGGGAAAUUUUAGGGUUAGAAGAGAGAAUCGAGAAGGAAUGAAGAUUCCCAGGAGGCCGAUUCAUGCAAUUACGACAUGGGUUCGGAGGCAACCGCCGAAGAUGAAAGCGUUUUUGGGAGUGGUGUCUGCGAUUAUCUCUCUUCUUCUUCUCUAUGUGAUGGUUCAUGAUCACAACAAGCUUUUUGUGGCUGCUGAGGCUGUUCAUGCCAUCGGAAUUGCGGUUCUUAUUUUUAAGCUCAUGAAGGAGAGGAGUUGUGCAGGUCUUUCGCUCAAAUCACAGGAAUUAACGGCCUAUUUUCUAGCUGCUAGACUCUAUUGCAGCUUUGUGAUCGAAUAUGAUGUGCACACAUUUCUUGAUUUGGCUACUUUAGUAGCAACUCUUUGGGUUAUUUACAUGAUUCGUUAUAAGCUCAAAGCCAGCUACAUGGGAGAUAAAGAUAAUUUCAAAGUUCUAUACUUGGUGGUACCAUGUAUUUUACUCGCCAUUUUGAUUCAUCCGACACCUGCAAGAGUUUCUUUUUUACAAAGAAUUUUCUGGGCGUUUUGUGUUUACCUUGAAGCUGUUUCUGUUCUACCUCAGUUGCGAGUAAUGCAGAACAUAAAGAUCGUUGAGCCAUUCACUGCACACUAUGUAUUUGCCUUGGGAGUUGCCAGGUUCCUGAGCUGUGCACAUUGGGUUCUUCAGAUGGUAGCAACACGUGGGAGAAUGCUGGUAGCAUUGGGAACUGGAUUUUGGCCACCUAUGGUUCUCCUUGCAGAAAUUGUCCAAACUUUUGUUCUUGCAGAUUUUUGUUAUUACUAUGUUAAAAGUGUUCUUGGUGGUCAGCUCAUCGUGCGCCUCCCUGCCGGAGUAGUCUGAGAUAGAAAUCGCACCAGAGGUGGCUACCUGUUGCCGUAGUGUGAAACAGCGUUCGGUGACCAUACCUGUGCAUAUUUUUGUUUUCUUUCUUUUGUAGUGAACGCUGUGACUGAACUGGAAAAAAAAUGCUUCCUAAACUGGUGCAUAUGCAACCAACCUACAUUAUAGUCACAAAAAUAAUAAAAGAUGCUAUUGACAUUUCACUUGCU